CCGCAGAAACAGCUCCUUACACAAGCCCAUAGAUGCGAUACGCUGGAGUUCAGUUUGAAACACAAGAUUGUGCCCGUCAGGCGCCAAGAUGGCGAUCGCAACCCAAGCCCCAGUCAGCUAUGUUUCCCCACGUGCUCGGUUCGGACUCAUCGUGCCAGCGACGAACACAGUUGUUGAAGCCGAGUUUGGUUGGAUGCUAGUCCCUGGCGUUUCAUGGCAUACCGGACGCAUCGAGAUUUCGAAUCCGUCGCUGAAGAACGAUGCCACCAUGAUAGCGUUCCUCAAGCAAUUGCGGGACACUAUUGGAGGUGCUGUCAAUCGUGUGCGCAUGUGUUUACCUACGUACAUUGUAAUGGGAAUGAGUGCCGAGACGUUCUGGGGUGGUAAAGAUGGCGCAAAACAGUUCGAAGACUUCAUGAUGGAGAAAUCAGGCAGUUUGGGGGUAACAACUGGAGCCCAAGCUGCAAAGGCUGCCCUGGACUGUUAUAACGCCAAGAAGAUUGGCAUCAUAACCCCGUAUCAGGCCGUUGGCGACCAACAGGUUGUCGACUUCUUUACUCAAAUCGGGUACGAAGUCCACAUGAUCUACGGUUUGCGCUGCGAGACAGCGACGUCCAUUGCUGAGGUCGAUCCGGAGAUAAUCAAAGAGGCGUUCAGAAAAGUGAACGCUCCUGAUGUGGACGCACUGAUGCAAGCUGGCACGAAUCUGCCUGCCGCGAGGGCAGCCGCUGAGAUGGAAAAGGAGCUCGGGAAGCCCGUCAUCGCCAUCAAUACGGCCACUGUUUGGCAUGCAUAUCGUGCUAAUGGUAUUUUAGACAAGGUUCAGGGUUUUGGCUCACUAUUGGAAGAACAUUAGUAUAUAAAGAAUCGGUAUGGGUUUACCACUGCGUUGGCUUAAAAUACCGUUGUCGUCAAUAAUUUGUGGACUGGAUGCCAAAAUAGUAAGCCCAUGUGUUCUUUAUAACUCCUAUCAAGUGCACACAAAAUUACACUAGCCACGGAAGAGGAG